GCGAAGUGACAUCAUCCAUGAAGCCCGUGGUUCGUUUCAUGCCAGAAAGCAGGCUGUUGUUACUCACUAACUGCUCUGGGAAGUUGUGCCCGACUCGGAGGCCUCUCCCACAGCUUUAACAGAUACAGGAGCUACAGGUUAUUCCGUUUAGCUAGCGGUAAAACACCACGGACCAUGUCUUUCGUCCCAGGACAGCCGGUGACUGCUGUUGUGCAACGGAUCGAGAUCCAGAAACUGCGGCAGAAUGACCACCUGAUCCUGGGCUUCAGUAUUGGAGGAGGGAUAGACCAGGACCCUGGACAGAACCCCUUCUCUGAGGACAAGACUGACAAGGGCAUCUACGUGACGAGAGUAUCAGAAGGUGGACCAGCAGAGUUGGCGGGCUUGCAGAUAGGAGACAAAAUAAUGCAGGUUAAUGGCUGGGAUAUGACCAUGGUGACCCACGACCAGGCUCGUAAAAGACUAACGAAGAAGAACGAGCAAGUGGUGCGGCUACUGGUGACCAGGAAGUCGCUGGAGGAUGCUGUCAGACACUCUAUGUCUAACUACCCCAAAUAAUCCCAAUAACAUGGCAGCACUAUGCAUACCACUGAUUAAUGCAAUAUCCAAGGACUGAACUUUGACAUGUACUGAGACUCCCACAACGUAGGAUAAUGGCUGCAGCGUGGCCUUUCUACCCAGCUCAAUGCAAAAAAAAAAAAAAAAAGCACACACACAUACACACACACACACAGACUACAUCAGAUCUCCUGCUGUGCCACGAGUCACACAAGUCUGCACAUGCCCAUGCUGACUCGGGCUGAUUAGUCAGCACUUUGUGAGGAUGCUCUUCCUUUCUGUAUUCAUUCAAGCUCAUCCACUCGAAUCAAUUUUUUAAAAUAUCCAUUCAAUUCAAACAGAUCUUCAAAAAUGUCCAAUUCCAUGCACAAGGCUAGGCCUAAUUACACUUGAUGAGAGCACAACAAAAGUGCUUUGAUUUUCAGUAAUGAUUUUUAUAAUUCCAUGUUUGAAAUACAUUUGUAAUCCUGGUAUGAGUGGUGAGUGCCGGACACUAAUAAGAUGAUUUCUCUUCUGUUUUUGUGCGACACUAUUCGUUUUUCCAAAAUAUACUUGCAUACAUGAUAUUUCCCAACUGAAAGUUGAGUGCAGCACAAUAUUCUUGUUUUAUUUCCAUAUAGCAGUAUUUUCCACAUCACAUUUCUUUGCUAAUAAUUCUUUGGGAGUAAUAAUAGUCUCUCAUAGUAGGGGCUAAUUGUAGGUAAACAGACUUUCCAGAUGCCUCAGCCUGAAGGACAUCUUUGGCCGUGCUACAGAUCAAAUAUUUUCUUAAAGUGUGAAAUACAUAUGGGAAAUUCAGUCCUGUUUAUCGCAUCCUCAGUAAUUCCUCCGUACCUUUAAUCUCAUUUAAAUACAAGAACCAAUACUUUGCAUAUUGUCAGACAUUCUUGUCAGGAUUCGUCUGACAUCAAAAACCAAAGUAAAAUGUCAAGUAACUGUUGACUGUAACUGUAGACUGAUCAAUUUAAAGUUGUUCGCAAUCAUUUUAUAUGUGUACCAAGUUUGUAUCACAAACUUUAUACACACCUGACAUGAACAGUUUUUUUUUUUUCAAUGCAUUGGAAUUUGUUUUCACCAGUCCUCUCAUGUAUCUGUACUUUUUGUUUUCUCUUGUGUUGUUUGAUAUCUUUUGUUAUUGAAUGAGUGGGAAAAUAACACCUUCACACUUUG